AUGACUCAGAUACUCAAAAACAUAGCCAUGUAUUUUGUUGGAAAUGAAUUCGAAAGCAGAGAUGUAUAUAUAAUAAUUAUAAAAUUUUAGGGAUUGAAUUUUUAAGAUUUGUAUGAUGUUCUUUUAGAUGAGAUGAUCGUAUCAAGCAAAAUACAAUUAAAAGAAAAUCUAAAGGAAUUGAUGGCUCAUAAGAUUAUAAUUGAGAAAGGUGGGAAGCACACUAUGCAAUAUUCAAACACAAUCCUCCAGGAAUUAUCUUAAGAGUUUGAUGAAGUUUUUAAAUAAUGA